GGCCAGGUAGCUCUUUUGUCUUGUGUCGGAGAGUGUUCCUGAAUCCUGACUUUCGGAGGAUUCAUCAGCGGAACAGUGAAUAUCAUUUCAUCACGGGCUGAUUGAGUGCAUCGAUAACGAUUGAAACGUUGCCGUUGCCCGUUGCCAUUGACGUAUCAGCCAGUCACUGUUUUGCCUUCUGCUCCUCUCCAGCCAGAGGUCAAGAUGGCUUCACAGGAUUUACCUCUCUCGCGGGUUUCCAUCGACAGAGAUCCCACGAUAGGCAUCGCUGCCCCUCCAACCACCAUAGCGACGGCUCCACGACUUCUAGAUGGCUUCGGUGCCAGUAGUGAUGAGAAGAUCGCGCCCUCAGACGCCUCGGACACAUCCGCAGCAGCAACGGCGAAACCAAAGAAAGAUGUCGUGGUCAAGGACAAACCGGUCAAGGCCAAGACCUCCACUUACUUCUCGCUCCUCCUCCGAUCCGGCGCGGAGCCGUUCGACUACUUCCUGUUCACCAUCGGCGUCAUCGCAGCAGCCGGCGCCGGAGUUCCAUUCCCACUGUUGGCGAUCCUAUUCGGCGAGCUGGUGGACAACCUCAAUUCAACAUCAUCUUCCUGCGGCAAUGACACGAGCCCCGGAUGGGGCCUGCAGAGCACUGUCAACACCAAAGUGCUCAACGUGGUGUACGUCACGAUCGCGAGUUUCUCGCUGAUCUACAUCCACUCAUUCGCGUUUUCGCUGUUCGGCGAGCGGCUCGUACGGCGGCUGCGGGAGCAGUACUUCACCGCGCUGCUCCGCCAGGAGCCCGCCUUCUUCGAUUCGCUGGAGGCCGGUGAGGUCUCGUCGCGGCUCGCCGGAGAUCUCGAGGUCAUCCAGACCGGAACCUCGGAGAAGGUCGGCAUCUGUAUCUCGUCGCUGGCGUACUUCAUCGCGGCGUAUGCGGUCGCCUUCUAUAAGGAUGCGAAGCUCACGGCAAUGCUCGUCGCCGUCAUUCCGGCGUUCUUCAUUACCACCACUGUCGGCGGCAAGUACGUCAAGAAAUUCACCAUCGGCAUGAGCGAUCACAUCGCCGGCGCUACGGGAAUCGUGGCCGAGAGCUUGGGGAAUAUGCAGAUCGUGCUCGCGUUCAAUGCGGGUGACAAGCUGGAGGGUAUCUUUGCGAAGCAAUUGGAGGCUGCUAGGGAUUUGGGGCUGAAGAAGGCGUUCGCAUCGGCUACUCAGUUGGGGUCCAUGUUCUUCAUCGGAUAUGGAGCGAACGCACUGGCUUUCUAUCAGGGAAGUAGACAUAUUGCCGCUGCUGCCGAAGGUGGAGGCGAAACCGGUGGAACGGUUGGUGCUGUUUACACCGUCAUCUUUGUGUUGCUCGAUGCUUCGUUUAUCCUCUCCCAGGUUGCGCCGUUCCUUCAGAUCUUUGGGGCAGCAGCAGGUGCAUCGCAGAAGCUGAUGGCGACCGUUAAACGCGAGUCCAUGAUCGACGGUACCCACGAGAGAGGCGGCGCAUUACCGGACCCGCUCAACGGCGAGCUGGAGCUCCACGAUAUCUGCUUCACGUAUGCGACUCGGCCCGACAGUCAGGUAUUGAACAAUGUAUCGCUGAAGCUCCCGGCAAACCAGCACACGGCCAUCGUCGGAGCUUCCGGCAGCGGAAAGUCCACCAUAAUUUCCCUCCUGGAGCGCCUAUACAAUCCCACAUCGGGGAAUAUCACUCUCGAUGGCGUAGACAUCUCGAGCAUCAAUGUCCGUCUCCUGCGCGGCUCGAUGGCACUGGUUCAGCAGGAGCCCACGCUGUUCGAUCGUUCGAUUCUGGAGAACAUCGCGCUGGGUCUAGUCAACUCCAGUCACCCGGAGCACAUUCAUCUCAAGGGCGCACUACUGGACUCCAGUCUAGCCGACCUCGCUAAAUCCAUCACCAGCGGCACGCCCAUCAGCGCGGCCGUAGCCGCCUGCACCCCCGAAGUCAAGGAAAUCUACCAGCACGUCCUCGAAGCGACCGAGCAGGCCGACGCCGCCGCUUUUAUUGCGAGCCUUGCCCAUGGCGUCGCCACUCGUGUUGGCAGUGCCGGAUCGCAGCUGUCGGGUGGUCAGAAGCAGCGGAUAGCGCUGGCACGAGCUCUCAUCCGGAAGCCGAAGAUUCUUUUGCUCGACGAAGCUACCGCUGCCCUGGACUCGAAGAGUGAGACCCUCAUCCAGAAGGCUUUGGAUAAGGCCGCUAUCGGACGCACCACGGUGUCGGUGGCCCACAGACUCUCGACCGUUAAGAAGGCGGAUUGGAUCGUGGUUAUGGAGAAGGGACGCGUACUGGAAAGGGGAACGCACAGGGAACUGACCGAACUCAAUGGGCGUUAUGCCGAGCUGGUGCGUUUGCAAAGCUUGGUCCACGACAACAUCUCGAAGGCGUCCACGAUCGCGGAGGAGGAGGCGACCGUGUCCGAGGUUCGGACUACGGAGAAGGCAGCGUUCAUCGAGGCGACCAGCGAAAAGACCAAGGAAGAAAAUGAAAACCAAAUAGCGCCUGCUGCCAAGGGGUUCGACAAACCUACGAUGGCGCUUGGCGAAACCAUCAGCGGUAUCGGUCGUCUCGCGAAGCCACAGACACUGCUCAUCAUCCUCGGUCUGAUCACCUCCGCCAUCAUCGGAGGUAUAUACUCCGCCGAGGCGGUAGUGUUUGGAAAUACCAUCGAUGCCUUGAACCCGUGCCAGGGUGCCGACGAUGUGCGGUCCGCCGGUAAAUUCUUCGGUCUCCUCUUCUUCAUACUCGCCCUGGUGGAAGUCUCCUGCUACAUCGUCAAUGGCUCUUCAUUCGGAUGGGUGGCCGAGAAGAUGCUUUACCGCGUCAGGGUGCUAUCGCUUCGCUCUUUGCUCCAUCAAGAUAUGUCAUGGCAUGAGUCCGACGGCCGCAACCCUACAAACCUCCUUUCCUACAUUUCCAGCGACGCCAACUCGCUGGGUGCCCUGACGGGUGUUAUCCUGGGCACAGUCUUUACCAUCAUCGUCAACAUGAUCACGGGUAUCGUACUGGCACACGUGAUUGCCUGGAAGAUUGCCGUGGUGCUUCUUGCAACGGUUCCGAUCCUCCUGGCAUCCGGUUUCAUGCGUCUCCGCGUCCUCGCGGACUUCCAGACCCGCCACCAGAAAGCUUUCGCCGAGUCCGUCGGCAUCACCGUCGAGGCCGUUUCCGCCAUCAAGACCAUCGCACCGUUCUCCCUCGAGAAGGAAUCACUCCAGGUGUAUCGGCGUUCGUUGGCGGGUCCCUACAAAGCCACUCUCAAGGCGAUCGCGUACGGAAACUUCUGGCUGGCGAUGGCAUUCUCCAUCUCGAACUUAGUCUACGCACUCGCCUACUGGUGGGGAACCAAGCAGAUCGUCACGGGUCUCUACAGUCAGACGCAAUUCUUCAUCGUUCUUCCGGCGCUGCUCUUCUCCGCCCAGUCCUGUGGCCAGAUGUUUUCCCUCGCCCCGGAUCUGACCAAGGCCCGCAUCUCUGCCGGGAACAUCCUGCACCUGCUCAGCAUCGGUCCGGGAACCAUGCUGGAAGAAGACACCACGCACUCCCCACUGUCGCUCCGCAAGAAACCCAACGACCCCGAGAAGGACGUUUCGCACAGCGACACGCACCUGCUGCCGUCGCCAGACGCGCCCUUCCACGGCCUCGACGUAACCUUCACCGACAUCUCCUUCUCCUACCCCUCCCGACCGCACGCGCGGGUUCUUAGCUGCCUCAACCUGCACAUCCCCGCCGGCUCCUUCGGCGCGCUCGUUGGCCCCUCCGGCGCCGGCAAAUCGACGAUCCUUCACCUACUCGAGAAAUUCUACGCGCCGCACUCCGGACGGAUCACCGUGGACGGCCGCGACAUUGCCUCACUGUCACCUUUGGCACUUCGCACCGACAUCGCACUCGUUCCGCAGGAGGGCAUCCUGUUCGCGGGAUCCGUACGCUUCAACAUCUGCCUGGGCGCGCGACCGGGCCACGAGCCAAGCCACGAGGAGCUCGAGGCCGCGUGCCGCCUCGCAAACAUCCACGAUACGAUCAUGGAGCUGCCCGACGGCUACGACACACUGUGUGGGCCUGGCGGCCGCAGCUUCAGCGGUGGGCAGAAGCAACGACUGUCGAUUGCCCGCGCGCUGAUUAGGAAGCCGCGCCUGCUGCUGCUCGAUGAGCCCACGUCUGCGCUGGAUGCGGAGGCGGAGAGGGUGCUCCAGGGUGCCCUGGAGGGCGUGAUGAAGCGGGGGUGCACGGUUGUCGCGAUCGCACAUAGGCUGGUCACCGUUAGGCGCGCGAAUAGGAUCUUUUAUAUCUCUGGCGGUCAGGUGUCGGAUUUUGGAACGCAUGAGGAGCUGCUAGGGCGCUGCGAAGGUUAUGCGGACAGUGUCAGGGCGCAGAUGGUUGAGAGUUGAGGGUUGAAGGUUGAGGAUUGAGGAUGACGCGGAUGAGAUAUGUGCCAUGUGAGAGAUGAGAUAUGUGCCAUGUGAGAGAUGCGAAAAGCGGUGUGAUGUGGUGUGGUGGUUUGAGUGUUUUGCUUUCGUUUAUAUGUAUGCUUUUUUAAUUGGUUAGAUUAUGAUAUGAUUGGAUUCUAUGAUUGCAGUAAUGUGUGACUCGAUUCUUCGGAGAGCUCGAGUGUUCUCCCCUAAAUGUCCGGCUCAAUCAACUCCCAUUACCUACUCUGCUCUUCACCAACGGCUUUC